GCCGGCCGGCCGGCCCGCCCGGGCUGGGGGCAGCUAGGACGGCCCCGGGCCAGGUGGAGUCCGCAGAGGGCCCUGGGCAAGCAGGGGGCAGCAGUGAUGGGUCCUGACGGUGGCUGAGCCCCCAGCCCCUGGAAUAUGCAGCCCGGGGGAGCCCCAGGCAGCGGCGAGGACGCGGUGGCGGAGCCGGGCGGGAGGCAUGGUCUCCACCUACCGGGUGGCCGUGCUGGGGGCGCGAGGCGUGGGCAAGAGUGCCAUCGUGCGCCAGUUCCUGUACAACGAGUUCAGCGAGGUCUGCGUGCCCACCACCGCCCGCCGCCUCUACCUGCCUGCUGUCGUCAUGAACGGCCACGUGCACGACCUCCAGAUCCUCGACUUCCCGCCCAUCAGCGCCUUCCCGGUCAACACACUGCAGGAAUGGGCAGACACCUGCUGCAGGGGACUCCGGAGUGUCCACGCCUACAUCCUGGUCUACGACAUCUGCUGCUUUGACAGCUUUGAGUACGUCAAGACCAUCCGCCAGCAGAUCCUAGAGACGAGGGUGAUCGGCACCUCAGAGACACCCAUCAUCAUCGUGGGCAACAAGCGGGACCUGCAGCGUGGACGCGUGAUCCCGCGCUGGAACGUGUCCCACCUGGUGCGCAAGACCUGGAAGUGCGGCUACGUGGAGUGCUCGGCCAAGUACAACUGGCACAUCCUCCUGCUCUUCAGCGAGCUGCUCAAGAGCGUGGGCUGCGCGCGCUGCAAGCACGUGCAUGCCGCCCUGCGCUUCCAGGGCGCGCUGCGCCGCAACCGCUGCGCCGUCAUGUGACACGGCUGGGCGUGGGGCGGAAAGAGAACUCCGACGGCCGGCGGAGCUUGGGGCCUGCGACACCCCACAGCCACGCACCUCCCCCGGGGAGGGGGAAGAGGCCGAGGGCGGCAAGAGGGAGUGUCCCCGUCACCACCCGGUCCCGCUCCUCUCCGCCCCGGGACGGCCGCCUCUAGUGCUGUAGUUUCUGCGGUUCCCGACCCGGCCCCAGGGGCACCCCGUCCUCCGGGAUCGGGAUCGGGGUGUGCGCGCGGGACACGCAGGGUGGGGGUGGGGUGGUGCUGCCUUGGCUGGACCCCCCACCCCCACACACACCCGUCUUCUCCAGAGAGUAUGUGUGGUGUCUUGUCAUCACUCCGCGUCGUCUUUCCCCGUGUCUGUAUGUCUGUCUGUCCGCCCGCGCGUCUAUUGGUUUCCCCACCCUCUCCACCUUCCAGCUUCGUUCACAGGGCUCUCAUGCCAUCCACCCCCUUGUCGCGGAUCCUGGCAGCUUCUUGGUGAGGCCAGCCUUCUGACCGUCAGCAUCACCGGCACAGGGCAGAGAGAUGCGGGUGGCCCACGGACCACAACUGGGGUCCGAGGGUUGAGGUCCUAAGGUCCGUCAGGGGGAGAAGGCUGAGCUCUCCCCCUUCCAGGGAGACCUCCCCGCCCAACAGCCCCCCCAGAGACACAACAACCUACCUUCCAGCCUUAACUUGAUGGUCCGUCCCUGCCGGGUGCCCCUCACCCUCUUCCUGACCCUAAAGCCAGCUCACCCCCUGGGUUAAAAAAAACAAAAAAAUUUUUUUUUCUUCUUGACAGAAUGUGGAGAGGGAAUGCCCCAAAUGAUAGAUUUAUUUACAUGAUGCCAGCUUCCAGCCCUCUAUUCCCUUCUGGGUUGGGUGGCCUGCCAGAUGGGGGGUGUGGGGGGAGGGGCUGGUGGUGGGCGGAUUGAGGGAGCAGUCAGUCAGGUUAUUUCAGCGAAGACUCUUGUUUAUUUCCCCAUCUGACCCCAAGCUGACUGCCCCAGACCCUGCCUGCCUUGAAUCUCAGACUACCCUGAUUAAUCUGGGAAGAGGCAGAGCCACCAAACGAAUUAUGCACCCCCCCUGCUCCCGUGCUUGGGGGCGAUAAUGCCGGCAUCCCUACCCCCAGACGGAGGCCCUUGGGAUCUGAUGCCCCCUUGUCCCAACACCUGAUGAUACUAUGCCCUGACCCGCUCCACCCUGUUUUCUCCAGCUGCCUGGCCAGUUUCUACCUCUCGUCACCAGAGCUGAUCACUGUCAGUUUUGUACCGACUUAGAAAUAACAAAAGAAAUGAAGACCUGAGUGGCCUGAGGAGAUUACUGGGGGACUUGGAGGGCGGGAGAAAUGGUGUGAGGCCCCCUGCCUCCGGGCCAAGGUCUUGAGGCUGAGCCCUCAGCCCUGCUCUGGUGGGAAGAUAGCAAGGCCCCUUGUUAGGAGAGAGACAGAACAAGCUAGCUCCGAGGUAGCCGAGCUGUGGCAUGCGGACCGGGACACCAGGCAGCCCAGGGUGAUGAUGAAGAGGAGUCUGGGGAUGGGGUCAUGGGUGGCGAACUUAGCAUCCAGAUCCAGUGUGAGAGGGAAGCUUUGAUUCUUUCUUCCACUUCCCCAGGUGAUGCCCCCUCCGCGCUCUGGGGCUAACGCAGCUCCACCGUGACUGCCCUGACUUUGGGCGGUCCAGUAUCAGGGUUCCGGUCCCUGCUGUGCUGCGUGACUUUGGGCAAGUGACUCUCCCUCUCUGAGCCUCCCUCUGAAGCAGAGGAGGUGGCUCCCCUCCCCCACACCUUGGAGUGGCCGGGAGGGUAAAGAAGAGGGACUGCCCCCUUUCUCCCCUACAUCCUUGCCCUCUGACUCACCAGGGGCAUGGGUGAGGGAGGGCAGCAUCUCACCUGCCCUGCUGCCAUUACCCCCAGCUCUGGGGCACCUAAAGUAAGGGUGAGGGACCCAGGCCUCUGGCUGGCCCCCACUGGAGCAGUUGGAAUGUAUCGCCUGGCCGGCCCCCCCUUACCCACCCUCCCACCCCUCACUACACCCCCAGAUCUUUGAUUUUGAUUCCUUCUGCUCCCAUUCUGAGUCUCUGUCCUCCUCCCUGAACCCCUCCCUCCCCAGGGUUUCCCACCACAGGGUCUGGAAGUGUGUGUGACGCCCAUUGCGCUGUGAUCGGAAGUCAGAUUAAAAAUCAGGGAGUGUUUUCCCUCGUUUCUGUA